CCUGCCUGCCAACUGGACAGUAAAGCGCUCACGCUGCUGUAAAUGGAGACCAGGCGUGAGUUGGAUGUUUUGAUAUUCCCAGAUAAAGUGAGGAUUCUUACUCCGGAAGAAGUGACACAAUGGGAGCUUGCGACAGCGAGCCAGGUUUCAAUGCCCACCGUCAGACUCUUUGUGGCACUUUACCCAUACAACCCUGCUGCAAUGUCCCCCAACUAUGAGAUGGCUGCAGAGGAGCUGCCUUUUGUGCCAGGCCAGUUAAUCAAGGUGUUUGGAGACAUAGACUCUGAUGGUUUCUAUCAGGGUGAGUCCGGUGGUCUCUCCGGUUAUGUGCCAAGUAACAUGGUGGCUGAAGUCCCAGUGGAUGAUGAGUACCUGAAGCAUCUACUCAUGCAGCAGGGAUUCCUACCCAUGGACCACACAGGUAUUUGUUUUAAUCCGGAUAUGAGUGAAGUAGCCACUAUCUCUGAUGAUGUGGUUGUUCGCCGAAUGGUGGCCCUAUUUGACUACGAUCCAUGGGAAAGUUCACCAAACAUUGACAGUGAAGAUGAGCUUGGCUUUCGUUCUGGAGACAUCAUAUACGUGUUAGGUGACAUGGACCAAGAUGGAUUUUACUCUGGGGACCUUCACGGACGACGAGGUUUGGUUCCAUCAAACUACUUGCAGCCUCUACCCUGGAAUUAAUAGAAAAGGUCCCACCAAGAUCUUACAAAUGCCAAGCUUCAAACACAUUGAGAAUUUAUCAGUUUUUGUUAGAGUAAUGCAACUGCUUUUAGAUUGCAAGUCAACAGGGCUCUAUGAUUUGCAAUUUAAAGUUAUUAUUUUUAGUCAUUGGUCAAGAUGUUUAAUGAACAAGUGAAUAGUUCUUGUCUCAACAAUUUCAGAUAAUUGAUUUAUUGGCAAACAAAAAUGAUAAAUCAUUUACUGAAAAAAGAACAGAAAAAUUACAAUAACAUGCAUUUGUAUUAUAUGAAACAAUCAAAACCAAUCUUUAUUCACUUUAUAUUUUGAUCUUCCUACAUUCACUUUGCUUUAACUUUAUGCACUUUCACAAAAUAAGCCAAUGUAUUUACAAAUAAACGUUUAUAUAUGUGUAUAUCUGUAAAUGUAAUUAUCAUUACAUACAGUAUCUGAUGACAAUAUACAUUAUAUAUUAUUUUAGCCUUAACAAUACACCUUUAGUCUCAGUUAAUUUGAAGACCAGAGUGUAUUUAUAUAGUAGCCAUGUUUGCCUUAUUCCCUGUUUUUAUCUUUUCUAUUAUUGGCUUUUCAUUUUUUUCAAAUAGAGUAAUUAGGAGAAAAUUCCUAUUUAUUUUAUCAAUGAACUGUGAAGCAGAAACUAAAAGCUGUCUUGAUUUUGUACAAUGAUCGCACGCUUGAUUUUUAAAAAAUAAAUAAAAUACUUUUCACUACUUUUA